AUGAAAGCUAUACCUCCCCUCCUCUGUUCGCAUCUGCUCACGCGCACUCGUCUCCCUCUCCUCGCCUUUGCUCGUGAUUCUAACGUCCACCACCCCCCUCCCUUGCCUCCUCUUCCCUCCCUGACUCUCAGCGCCUGCUGGUGCUGGGGACCAUCGCUUUGCCUCGCAAAUGCGGUUCAACGGACGGGGGGCGAGGAGGCAGGCGAGGAGGCAGGCGAGGAGGCAGCAGCGGAGGCAGCAGCGGAGGCAGCAGCGGAGGCAGCAGCGGAGGCAGCAGCGGAGGCAGCGGAGGCAGCAGCGGGUCGUGCUGAGCUCUCCAGCAAGCACGGGUGCCGGCUGCUGUCGAGGGCCAUCGCUCUGCCUGCCGAGCACUUCUCAAUGGACGUGGGGCGAGGAGCCAGCAGCGGAGGCAGCAGCGGGUCGUCUUGGGCUCUCCAGACGAAAGCAAAGAUGAGUAUCGAGAGGAGGGAGCGUAGUUGGCGCAACACUGGAGGGGAGGGCAGCAGAGAAGGGAAAGGGGAGGGGAGGUAA